UAACGCGUGAUGAUGGCAAUGUACACAGUCUAAUUCCAGAGCACAUGAUUCAGGCACAGAAAGCGUAUUUAAGGGUUGUGCUGCAAUCGCAAUCACAAGGACCACUCCAGAUCAGCAGACGGAAGAGAGUGAAGACCCUCUACACGCAGCUAUGGCAGAACUUGAGACCGUCUUAUUUGCUCUUGCUGGGGACUUUACAGUAAGAGUUGGGCUGCCCCCUAAGAACCGUAUGGAUAGUUAUAACACCAGGGCAGCUAGUUUUGGCAAGCUAAAUAAUGCCAGCAAAGUUCUCUUUAACCCAAACGGGGAGCUGUAUGUGGUUCGUGGAGGUGAUCUGUAUACAGGACACAUGCCAUCAAGAGCUGUUGAAGACUGGUAUUCUGCCGCUAAGAGAGUUGGAAAAGGUGAUUGGAGCAAGUUCAAAUUCCUGUUCUUCCACCCCGAUGGCACUCUGUAUGCAGCUACCCAUGCUGGGGAGUUCUACAAGGGUCCAGUACCAACUAAUGAAAACGUCUCGUGGCUUUAUGGUCAGGCUACAAUGAUAGGAACCCACAACUGGAAUAAGUUUGAUGCUCUUUUCUUUGACGCUGAUGGCAUCAUGUAUGGAGUCACUGACACAGACAAGUUCCUGAAAAGAAGCCCACCUACUUAUCCCAAAGAUGAAUGGAUGUCCACAAGCACAACCAUUGGUGAUGGUGGAUGGUCAAGGAUCACCCAUUUCAUGGGUUUCAGCCCUGACCGAAUGCUGUGGUGUGUGGAUAAAUAUAAUGGAAAUAUCUAUAAAGGUCCACCUCCAACUAAAAAAGAUACGGGAUAUUUGCAAAAAGCAGAACAAUUGGGAUGGGGGUACAAUAAUUUUAGAGUGUUUUGCUUUACAAAAGACAAAACAAUCCAGAGUAUGCUCAGCUUCGAGUUCUUAACUGAUUCAGGUAGAAUCACAUCAGAAUCUGUUGAAGUGGUGAAAAAACAAAUAUACGACAAUAGGGGAAGCAGCACGCCGCUAAAGCACACCUUUACAUUCAGCAAAACCAUGAAGGAGACAAGUGAAUUUACCUACGCACAUGGCUUCAACUUCGAAAUGGGCACUGAACUCACUUUUAAAACUGGCAUCCCGGGUAUGGCGGAAGGAGGUACAAAGAUUACCAUGAAUUUCAGCACGACCCACAACUGGAGCUUCACCACGACCAACGAAACAGAGACUUCGUUUUCUUCAAGUACUGAGGUGGAGUUGGAAGGUGGGAAAGCGAUCCGUGUAGUGGCUUCGGUGAAGAAAGCUGAGAUGGAUGUGCCGUACCGCGCCAGAGUCCGCACCCUCUUUGGUUAUGAAACCACCAUCGAAGGCGUGUGGAAAGGCGUUUCCCAUUACGAUCUCGUGGUCAAACAGGAAGACUAUACUGGAUAAAUCACAAUUUCUGCGUUUGCUGUGUGGGACUUCCAUCCGCUGAAGUUUUCAUACUUUCUAUCAGAAAACAAAAAGCUUUAUAUUCAGGUAUAAUCGCUAAAAAAAGAGUUAACUAAUCUCUGAUAUACACUGAAUCGCUUCAAUAAAAUGCUUUGCAAAUAUCCAA